AUGUUUUCGAGGCUCACCGAUUUAGGUAAGAACUUAACGGAUGAGUUAUCUAGAAUUAACGAUGAAGUUAAAUCUUCGAGGACCAUGCCAAAGAAGCAGGUUACACAAGAUGAAGCAGCAAGAAUUAUGAAAUUAAAGACUCCAAAUGUGAGUAGCAUUGUUAAACCAGAAGAUGUUGCUUCCGCAGAAUUGGAUAAACAAGGACAGACUAAGAAUAUAGGUAAAGUGUCUGGAACUUCAAUACAUACCGAAGAGCAUGAUAAGACAGCCAAGACGAAAACGAAAACGCAAGUGCAAGAUAAAUCUGAGAAAUCUGGGAAGAAGCUAAAAGAAGAAGAGGGAAAAAAUGAAGGCACAACAGAGGAAAGUAAAGAAUCAGUACCGGUAACUUCAGAAGUUGAUUUGCCAGAGUCAGUGGUUCGAAAACUCAAAAAAUUCGAGAAAUACGAACGUCUUUACCCAAGGUUGUAUGAGGCCUACAAGGUAGACAAAGCCAAAUUGAGCAUAGUUAAUGCCUUCGAGAAAGCUUUGAGAGAAAACACGCCGUGUGACGGUAUAGGUGAAGUGAGUUCGUUCAUUGAUUAUCUUUCCAGUCUUGAUUCUAAAGGGAAAGUGCUACAAAAGGCUUUGAGCGAGGAGGCGAAGAAGUCUGCAGACUCAUCUAGGGAGAAGAAGAUUUAUGCAAAAAAGUUAGAAAUCGUGUCUGCCAAGAACAUUAAUCUGCAGAAAGAGGCGAAAGGCUUCAAAUCAAAGAUGGAAAAGCUUUCUGCAGAAAAUCAGAAAUUAUCAUCAACUUUCGAAGAAAAUGCAGAACUACAGAAGACUAUAACAUCAUUGAAAGAGAAAGUUGAAAACGUGAGUUCCAAAAAAAGUCCAUCAGAAAGUUAUGUGGAUAGAGCGCAGGAAACGGACAUACCUGAGCUUGAAAAGUCAGCUUCAGAUUCAGCAUCUGUCUUGAGGAGUGAAAACCAAUAUCUUAAGGAUACACUAGAAGAUUGUAAUAAAAAAAUAAACAUACUUGAGGCGGCAUUAAAAAAAGUGGGAGAACGGAAAAAUGCCACUUCAGAAGAGGAUACACUGGAGAAAGGAUCCUCCUUGGGGGAGGAAUUGGAACUUAAUAAAACUGAAUUAGAAAUGCUACGCGUACAAAAUGCGGAGGCAUUAAAGGAUUAUGAGCGGACAAAGAAGUCACUUUCAAAGAAAUUGGAAACUUCGCUUACGGAGAACAAGAAGGUUGAGAAUGAUCUCCACAAUUUACGUUCGAAAUAUCAAAGCAUCAUGGAUGCGAAUGAGAAGUUUACGAAUGAGAAUAAAAAAUUAGAGUCCGAGAAUUCGCUGUUACUAGAAAGAAUAAACACGACCCAAAAGAAGGCAGACAAAUUGCUAAAGGAUAAUGAGGAACUUCACCAGCAUUUGAAUGAUUUACAAGAUAAAAGUGGGAAACUGGAAGAAGCUGAGGUUAAAAGUAAAAAUCUUGCUGCAAAAUUGGAGAUAGCUGUGAAAGAGACUGAGAGCAAAAAUCGGCAGGUUAGUGAUUUGGAAGAGGUCGACAAAGAGAGACAACGGAAGAUAGCAAAAUUAAGUUUACAGCAUUCAUCAUUACAAAAGGAGCAGAAAUUACUGGUGAACAGUAAAAAUAAACUUCUUAGUGAUCUUGAACAGAGUAAGCAGCAACGAACGGAAAUGAAAUUGAAGUUUAGUAAGGUCAUCACGGAUAACAAUAAAUUGGUCAAAGAAAAGGAGGAGUUGAAAGAUAAAUAUGAUAACCUGAAGGAGAUAAAUACAGGUGGACAGGCAAAAAUUGAAAAUUUGAAACGGAGGUUGGAUGAGGUGUUAGUUGAUAAGAAAGAAUUUGAAGAUAGAAUUGAUACCCUUGAAGAACGGUUGUCUCAGACAAGAACCCUACUACAAGAGAGAACGAGAGACGCAAGUACUAUGAGAAAACUAUUGAAACAAGGUGAUCAGAACAGAGAUAAUAAAUAUAUACUUUUGGAUGAGCAGUUGACCGACUUGAAAGAGCAGAAAGAGAAGGUUGAUGACGCGCACAUGCUGCUUCAGCGAGAUUUUAGUCAAUUGAAGGAUAAAACCACAAAGCAGAUUAACGGAUUACAGUCUCAGAAUACAGAACUAGUUCGAGAAAACACACGUUUGAAGAAAAGUAUGGAAUUGCACAAAUCCAUAUCUAAUUCCGAGAUGAGAAAGAGUUAUUCCUCUGGGCAAGUGUCAUUAACAAAUGACAGCAGCGAUAAGAUUGAUACGUUGCAAAAGGCAUUGACAGAAAAAAGUGCAGAGAUGGCAAAAUUAGAGGAUAUGAACAGGAUCCUUCAAAGGGCAAAUAAUGAAAGUAAUCAGAAAUUAAUCGCUUUAAAUCGGAAAUUACGAUCAAUGUCUCAACAAUUUAGACGUCGUUCAAGUGCUGCCUCGAUGAAUAGUUCAAGUUCCAUGGAUAGAUCCAAUGAUACAACGACUCAAUCAGUUACAGCAGAUAAUGAAAUCACUGGUGAAAAUACUAAAAAUGAUGACAAUGAAAGGGCGAUUUACAUAAGGAAUGUACUUUUUGGAUUCUUGGAAAAUAAAGAUCAGAGAGACAUGCUUCUCCCUGUGAUGAAAACAUUACUUGUCAUGAGUGAUGAUGACGAGCAAAAAUUCGUCAAAUUACUAUCCAAAGCUUAA